AUGGGGGAAUUUGUUGAACAGAGUUUGGAAAGCCUACUCCCAACUUUCGAGCAGCUCAGCUUCGUUCAGUUGUUCACAGAAAGCGAAGUAAGUGCUUUCAUCAAACGUUGCCGGCAGUUCGAGUACAGGCUCAACAAACACGAAAAAACACCUAGGGAUUUUGACCUUUACGCUGAUUACUUGUGCGACUUUCUUGCUUUACUCAAGUCGCGAAGAACGAAAAUGCAGUAUUGGCACAAACUAAAACUUAUAGAUGGGCCGAUGCUUAAGAAAGUAGCUAGCAUAUAUAGAAGAGCAGCUGAUCGUUUCCAGGGAGAUAUUCAUCGUUGGGAAAAGUUAAUCAAUUUCUUAAAUAAGCACACGAUGCGACGGGAGUUAGCAGCUGCUUAUACAAGAGCGUUACAGAUUCAUGGAAGGAAUGAGACUCUACGGCGAGACUUCGCAUUAUGGCAGUUCUUUUCUGCCGCCAGUCCUCAAAAUGCUCGUACCCAAAUUUUGGCUUCGCUUCGGUUAUUUCCUCACUCGGCUACGUUGUAUGCUGCGUUUUUCACUAUUGAGCUUCAUUUCGUAGAGAAGAUCUUGCGACGACGAAAGUUCAUUACUGAAGAGAGGGGAAAGCGGAAGGAGGGAGCAGAGGAAAGCGAUUCAGAACGUGUAUACGAUGAGGAAGUAUCAGAUAGUAUUAUGAAUUUGGAUGUGACUAAAACAGUAGUUGAACAAGCUCUGGCUGCAGUGCCGUAUGCCGAAGCGUCAGGUAUGCUUGUGGAGAUGUGGAAAGAAUGCAACAAGAUAGAGCUAAUUCCUAAUAUUGAGAAAAUUCGAUCAUUUAUCGUGGAAAAGUUGAAAGAUUUCGACAACGAGGAUACGAGAUUGUUUGAAAUAGAAUUGGCUUGCAAGGAAGGAACUUCGAAAUUUGAUGCAUUCGAAUCGGCAAUAGCCAAAACACCAACCGAAAAGAUGCACCGUCUCUACUUGCAAUGGCUUCGUGAGUCAUCAGCAAAAGACGCGUUCUCCGAUAUGAAGAUUCGGCUUUUGCUGCGCAAGAUUUGUGAAGGUGGAUGGAUGAAAGAUAAGGAUUGGUUAGAUCUUGGAAAGUAUAUACAAGAGGCUGAAGACGAGUAUGAUGAUCAAUUUGUUGAGAAGUGUCUUGAGCAAAGGCCUAAGUGUGCUUCACUGUGGCAAGUUUAUCUUGAAAGGCGAUUAAAGGACAAAGUUGAUACCGACAAAUUCAGAGAUCUGUGCAAUCAAGCUUUGGAACAGAUUAAACCAGAAGAAAGCUUUCCUAUUUGGGAACUAGCUAUAGAUCACACUAUCAUAAAUGCGCCGGAUGAAGUAGAGCAGGUUUGUUUAUAGUU